AAAGAGGGGCUCUCUUAUUCCUAGGACCUUAAUCCCUCUCCUCCAGCUAUCUAAGAACUGCUGAAAAUGUUUCCAAAAUGUUGGAAUUUUAUAAUUAUCUCCGUUCUUCUUUCUCUUCAGUUAGUAGAUGGACAGCCUUUUGAUUAUCCUACUGCAAAUUUGUCUACUACGUGGAUCAAUAGUGUCUCAGCUAACCAUUCUGUUGAUUUUACAGAUGGCUCAAAGGUGAGAGCCAUUCUGCUCAGAGGAACAUUUGGGCCUAGAUAUGCUUGUGGGUUCUUUUGCAACGGCACAUGUGAUAGCUAUAUGUUUGCAAUCUUUAUUGUUCAGACUAACAGUGUUUCAUACAUUGUCAUGCCAAGCUCAGGAUUUCCACAAGUUGUCUGGUCGGCUAACCGAAAUAAUCCUGUCAAAAUCAAUGCAACCCUGCAACUUACAUCAGGAGGAGAUUUGGUUUUACGGGAUGCUGAUGGGACUUCAGUUUGGUCUACAAACACGAGAGGAAGAUCUGUCGCAGGUUUAAACUUGACCGAGGAAGGAAACCUGGUUCUCUUUGAUAUGAAUAACUUGGUGGUCUGGCAAUCUUUUGAUCAUCCUACUGAUGCUUUGGUUCCAGGGCAAAAAUUGGUAUCUGGGCAGAAGUUGACGGCUAGUGCUUCAAUUACCAACUCAACUGAAGGAGGUUUGUUCUCUAUGUUUGUUAACAACGAAGGUUUGUUUGCUGCUGUAAAAGCAAAUCCUCCACAAAUUUAUUAUCAACAGUUAGUUGAUAAUACAAAGGCAAAUAAAGAAUCAAGCUAUGCCAAGUUCCAAAACGGAAGCUUAGCCUUGUAUAUACAUUCUUCUGAACCAAGGGAUCCGGAUUCAGUGAUUACCCUGCCUCAGAUUUCCUCAGCUCAGUACAUGAAAUUGGGGUCCGAUGGGCAUUUGAGACUAUAUGAGUGGGCAGACGGGUGGAAAGAGGUGUUUGAUAUUCUUGCUGGUUAUCUUGGUGAUUGCAAUUACCCCACGGUUUGUGGAGAAAAUGGCAUCUGCUCGAAUGGGCAGUGCAGUUGUCCUAGAUCAGUCAAUGCUUCAAUGAACUAUUUUACACAAAUAAAUGGAAGGCAGCCAAAUCUUGGCUGUUCUGAGAUCACUCCUUUGAAUUGCAAUGCUUCACGAUAUCAUAAUUUUCUUGAGCUAAAAGAUAUGGCUUACUUCACAUUUAAUGUAGAUAUUACUAGUACCAAUAUGGAUAGCUGUAAGCAAGCAUGUCUGGGUAACUGUUCGUGCAAAGCAGCUAUAUUUCGUUAUGGUUCAAAUUCUUCUAAUGGAGAUUGCUAUUUACCUGCCCAGAUCUUUUCAUUGAUGAACAAUGAGCAGGACAAGACUCAUUAUAAUUCAUCUGUGUUCAUGAAGGUGCAGAUCACACCAAAUGCAUCAGCUCCUGAAAAAACUUCUCCUAAAGGUACUCCAACUCUUGUCAUAUUGGGAUAUGCUAUUGCAGCUUUCAUUUUAUUGGCCGUCCUCAUUGGUUUGACAAUCUGUAUAAUCCGAAAGAAAAGAUUAGCCAGGGAGGUUGAGGAGGGCGACUUAGACAAUGUACCAGGAAUGCCAACUAGAUUUCCAUUUGAAGAUUUAAAAAUUGCAACAGCAAAUUUUAGUAAGAAACUUGGGGAGGGAGGAUUUGGUUCAGUUUUUGAAGGUUCGCUUGGAGAUGGCACUAAGGUUGCAGUAAAAUGUCUUGAUGGAAUUGGUCAAGUGAAGAAAUCAUUUUUGGCUGAGGUGGAAAGUAUUGGUAGCAUUCAUCAUGUUAACUUGGUAAGAUUGGUAGGUUUUUGUGCAGAAAAAUCUCACCGACUUUUAGUUUAUGAACUCAUGAGUAAUGGAUCUCUAGAGAAGUGGAUCUAUAGACAAGGCCAAGAAAUUGUCCUUGACUGGAAAUGCAGGAGGAAAAUAGUACUUGAUAUAGCCAAGGGGUUAACUUAUCUCCAUGAAGAUUGUAGACAGAAAAUUAUUCAUUUGGAUAUAAAGCCCCAAAACAUUCUUUUGGAUGAUAAGUUCAAUGCUAAGCUAUCUGACUUUGGGCUUUCCAAGCUAAUUGAUAGAGACCAAAGCCAAGUUGUUACCACUAUGAGAGGUACUCCUGGCUAUCUGGCUCCAGAGUGGCUCUCUGCAGUUAUUACAGAGAAAGUAGAUGUCUAUAGCUUUGGAGUUGUGGUACUGGAAAUCCUGUGUGGAAGGAAAAUUGUCGAUAGAUCUGAGCCAGAGGAACGAAUGCAUUUGCUUAGUCUUUUCAAGCAGAAAGCAGAAGAAGGAAAGUUGAUGGAUAUGAUUGAUCAAUAUAGUGAAGAUAUGCAGUCUAAUAGAGAAGAUGUUGUGAAGAUGAUGCAAGUUGCAGCUUGGUGUCUGCAGAGUGACCAUGCUAGUAGACCUUCAAUGUCAGUGGUGGUUAAGGUCUUGGAGGGUGUUAUGGAUACUGAAACAAAUCUGGAUUAUGGCUUUGAAAGACCAAGCAUCUCCUCCACGAGCAUAUCACAAGUUGGCUCAGAAGAAGUCACUGCUUUAAUUCCAUCUGUUCUCUCUGGACCAAGAUGAUCCUAAUGCUCUUAGAUUAGGCCCUUCUCUUAGGUUCCAUAUUUGUAUGACUAUUUCUUUUAGGAAGAAAAUGUACCAUAGUCUUCUCUUCUUGAUGAUAUUUAUUAACUGUUUGGAUCAAAUUCCUUUUUUUU